ACCCAUUUGGCGAAUCCUUUCCUUUUCUUUCCCUCCCUCCAUUGGCGCGCUUGCAGGUGAGCGCAACCAGACAAGGCCGCGACUUCCCAACGUCCUCAAGCUCUCCCUUAUGGCGGAACCCUCUAUUGAUUAUGAUGGCGAAGUUAUUCCCUGCCGACGAUUUUGAUUACUCCCCUCCUGUUCUCCGCCUUUCCUUCCGUUGUUACGCCGGCGACUUGAUAGGUUCCAGGAAUGGCGGAGAGCGGUGGCGGACGAGGCGAGAGGCGGCCCGUGCGCUGUCCCAACUGCGACGAACUCCUCCCCGGCCUCGCGAACUUGACGGCCCACCGCUGCGGUGAUCGAAGUGCUACUUCCCGAGCAAGGAGAGAUUUCCCGCCUACUGAUUUCUCGUUGCAGAGGGAUACCGUAGGAUUCAAUUCGAGAGAAGAACGAGAUAGAUUAGGGUUUAUUCCAGAAUUCACAAGUAGAAGAAGACCUGCCUCCAAUUCUGAUCAUAGGGCUGAUGGGAGACGCGUAGAGAGGGGAAGUAACUAUGUAGUUGGUAGGCAACCUUCGUCAUCUAAAUCUCUGCUUAGUGAUUCUACCUCCUUCUCAGACGAUGUAGCACCUGCAUUCUGCCGAAUGCCAGAAGAUCAUAUGAAGCCCAAUCCCUUGGCGAAUUAUGGAGAUGACUGUUCCAAGACGAAGAAGAACCAAUCUCGGAAAGAUGGAGCUGAAUUGUGGAGUAAUGACCCGUUGCUGCUUCUGCGACAACUCGAUGAAUUAAGGGAUCGUAUCAGUAAAUCUUCUGAGUUCUUGGAAAAACCGAGAACAAAGAUGCCUGCAGUGAACGAAAGGUCAGUCUAUUAUAGACGAUCACAUGAGAUUCUGAGCAAGACAAAGGAAAGAGUGAGUGUGACUGAACCCUAUUCCUCAGGCAUGACAAACUUUCCUAGUGAUGGAUACAUCCAUAGACAAUUAGAUGUAGUUCCUCUAUCCUCUUACCAUAGUGAUGAAUUUGACCUUCAGCGUCGAAAAUAUAAGCUAUUACCAGAAAGCACUCCCUACUCAAUCACCAACCAAGGGCGCUUUGGUCUUGCACAGAAUAGUAGGGUUUCUUCUCUUGGUAUCCAAAUGUUCAGGAUGAAAGAAUACAAUGAAGGAGGAGCAAGAGCUGCAAAAUCCAAAACAAAGGAAAAGCAUCCUUGUCAAGCUUUCGCUGGCGCGACUCCUUUCGUGAUAUGCUCUAGCUGCUUUGAGUUACUGAAGCUACCUCAAGAUAAUACUCUACUCGUGUCAAAAAAACUCAGAAGGUUGCGGUGUGGAUCAUGCUCGGAGGUAUUUUGCGUUGAACUUAUUGGAAAAAGGCUUGUCAUUUCUUCCCAUUCACCAUCCUUAGCUGUUUCUAAAGCCAAUGACAAAGUCAACCAGCAUGAGCAAUAUAAAGCACAAACUAGUAGUAAAUCAGAUGUUUCUUCAAUUUCUGAAGAACAUGGUGUCCCGUGCCAAGCUAUUCUGCCAACAGAUGACAAUAACUCAUCUCCUUUCACAUCUAGCCAUGUACUGAUGGAACAAGAAAGUAUAGAUUUAACUGAUCCAGAGAACUUGAAGGGGCUUUCAGUGGCUUCUAAUAGGUCCGAGCAUGUAGAAAACCCAGACAGCACAGAUGUAUCAGCUGUUGCAGAUUUACUGAUUCAGGACAGUUUAUCUUUCUUGUUAUCCAGUCAAAAGGACAUUUCUGAAACUGGUAGCAAGAAGGAACAUUCUGAUGAAGAAGUAAGAAUCUACAACGAUGAUAAGUUUCACCAGAGUCCUGAACAAGGCGAAGAAAUAACUGGGAUUGAUCUGUCACUGAAUGACUAUUCCAGUUCCUCUCUGGAUCAUAAUGAUAUAGAGAAACAUCAAAGCCAAAUGGGCACUGAAAAGACUAAUGAUCCAUCAGUUCUAAAUACAACCCUCAAAGAUACACCGCAAAUUAAGAUGCCGGCAAAAGCUAAAAGAUCUCAAGUUUCAGUUAAUGGUUAUCUAAUUCCUGAUCACUUAGUUCGGAAGGCUGAAAAAAAGGCCGGAAGCAUUUUUCCUGGAGAAUAUUGGUACGAUUGGCAUGCUGGAUUUUGGGGUGUCAUGCGACAGCCAUGUCUUGGCAUAAUUCCUCCAUUUAUCGAAGAGUUCAACUAUCCUAUGCCUGAAAACUGUGCUGGUGGGAACACUGGUGUCAUCUUGAACGGAAGAGAGCUCCAUAGGAAAGAUCUCAAUUUACUGGUUAGUCGAGGACUACCAUUCUCAGCUGGUCAACCUUAUAUUCUUGAUUUUUCAGGGAAUCUCUUUGAUGAAAUCUCUAAUGAACAUCUGGGUAAUUUUGGGAAGCUUGCCCCAACAGUUGAGAAAAUGAGACGUGGAUUUGGCAUGAGAGCUCCAAAGUGAGAUUGGAUAAGUGGGAACUAUUGAACUGCAAGAACUGGAGAUGAAUCUGUUAAGUGAAUACUUCACAUAGUUUCUAUAUUGAUACCACUGUUUCCUCUUGAGCUUCACAUAGUUUCUUCGAUCAUUCUUUAAACGCAGAGAAAGACACAUGAUAUGGAAUCAGUGUCUUAGUAUAUACGAGGAGAAUGAUUCCUGAAACCAUUUACAAAAAUUUCAUUUAUAUAUUUUCUUUCAUUAUAAA